AUACAGCACACCAAACCCUCCCCUUAUACGUUGACGAGACCACUCGCUGCCUGUCACACGGUGACCUUCUCCGUCCCCUCCUCUCCCUCAGGCGGGAAGACAAAAGCCGACGCGAAUAUUAAAGCAAACGCCACGGGUUUUGCUGCCGUACGUGGCCCACCAUGCAGCAACGCGCAGUUCCAAAGCACGGGCGCCACCCGAUUGGGGGGACACGCGUCGGUAAACCGGUGGCUGACAGGGCUUUGCGUUACGAGGCGAGUUGCAGCGAGGAGGGGCCCAACGGGGCCUCCCCUGUUUUGCGGUAUGAAGUCAUCGGAAGGGGGCGACAUCUCGUGCUGUGUAAACAAUGGUUUCCCUGCGAGGGGGUCUGCUGCGAGUUAACGUGUAACAGAAGCAUCGAUAGGCUCUUCCCGACGUGAUUUUUUGGCAGGGCUUAUGUUUUCCAUUUUGUCCAUCCCAAAUUGGCCUUUUCGGAUCCAAAAAGCAGAUCUACUCUUUUUUUUUUAUCGCAGAUAAUAUUAUAUCGGCAAGCGGGUUGCAUGGGGAAGCGAGCUCGUCGUCGUUAUAUAGUGGAGGAAGGUGAGAGAGCGCAGACCGAAGGAGCUGCGAAGGCAAUAGAAAUAUAAGCGAGCUUCCGUGGUCCAAGGAUCGUGUCCCACCCUACCUUCACCUUCACCGUUGUUAGGAUGCUCCGACUUGUCUCCAGGAGAGUGGCCGUGGCCGGAAGGAAGGAUGGCUCGUGGCAGAAGCGGGUGAAGUUCUCGACGGCGGUGCGGAGCGGCAGGUUGGAGGGGAAGGUGGCUUUGGUGACCGGCGGAGCAAGCGGGUUGGGCAAGGCGACGGCCCUCGAGUUCAUCCAGGAGGGUGCGAGCGUCGUCCUCGCGGACGUCAAUGCGCAGUUGGGCCGGCAAGCAGCCCAACAGCUCGGCCCGAAAGCCGAAUUCGUCGAAUGCGACGUGACCGUGGAGCCGCAGGUAGCCGAGGCCGUCGACUUCGCCGUGGUCCGCCACGGCCGGCUUGAUAUCAUGCACAACAGCGCCGGCAUCGCUGGGCCGCCGACGGCCACCGACGUCGCCCGCCUCGACCUCGCUAGCUUCGACCUCGUCAUGGGCGUCAACGUCCGGGGGACACUGGCGGGGGUCAAGCACGCUGCCCGCGUGAUGAGCCCGGCGGGCGCCGGCUCCAUCAUCUGCGUCUCCAGCAUCAGCGGCCUCAUGGGCGGCCUCGGCACGCACCCGUACGCCAUCUCCAAGUUCGCGGUGGCGGGCAUGGUGAGGUCGCUGGCCGGCGACCUGUGCCGCCGCGGGGUCCGAAUCAACUGCAUCUCGCCGUUCGUGACCCUGACGCCCCUGGUGGUGGAUCAAUUCACCCAGUUGUACGGCGACGUGGGAAGGCAAAGGAUGGAGCAGAUCGUGGAUAGUGUGAGCGAGCUGAGGGGAGCAAGGAGUGAGGAGAUGGAUGUGGCGAAGGCGGCCGUUUACUUGGCGUCUGAUGAGUCCAAGUACGUCUCGGGUCAUAAUCUCGUGGUGGAUGGGGGGUUCACAAGCUACAAGCACCUUAAUUUGCCGAUGCCGGAGGGGAUUAACCCAUGACAGAGUUGGUCACAACUGGUUUACAUGUGUGCAUGGACCCAAACUGUAGUGGAGAUGGUGCAUUCACGAUGAUCUUAUCUUAGUUCAUUAGUUGGAGGCAGUGAAAGGAAUGGAGGUCCAUUUCAUGAAAGACAAUAUAAACCAUACCAAUCUGGCUUUGAAAGGAACCACCGCUCAGGAAGAGAGUGGACUUUAUCAUUGUAUCUGGAAUUAAUGGUGAUGGGUGGUAGCCAUGUGGGCUGUCCUGGGGAUGCUGGUCGUACGUGUUAGAAUGUUUCGAGCUUUGUCCUAAAUGCUUCUUUGAUCAAUGGAAUUAGGAUCAUAUUACCAA